UCCUACUCAUUAAUCGCACCAAAGUGGAAAUCCCAACAUUUAUUUCUUCCCUAGAGCUUUCUUUUAAAGCAAAAGAGAAAGAACCAAAUUUAUUCUGAAUACUUAAGCGCAAGGUUGUCAACACCUUAAUGUAAGAAAAUGCCUUCAAAAGCGUGUAUUUUACUUGUUAUCUUCUUUAUAGGAAAUGCAGAUAACAAAGAAGCAGAGAAAGCUGACUCUGUCACACAAUCUGAUAAUUCAAAUCACAGCGGUAUUGAAAGACAUCGAUAUAAAAGGGGUCUUUUUGGGGCUGAGGAUCAAUACUUCCGGCAGUAUUUCCAAGAUAAAGGACUUCUCCAAAACUACAUUAACGCUAGAACAUCAGAUGGUAGAAUAACAAACUGGGCUUCGCUGGGCGAUGGAUCGACUUCAUACACUGACGCCAUUCGAAAGUCUACAAAUUAUUACAAAGUCCAAGCAGAAAGCGGUCAAAAUGUGGAUGCUCAGUUAAGACGAGUUCAGCAGAUUGUAGAUGAUCGGGUCGCCCGGGCUAGCCGUCAUGGAGGCCCAGAUAGGGGACAUAGCCACGCAAUCAACAACUGGCGAAAUGGACAGGAACAAAUUCAAGGAGGCCAGCGGACCUAUUGGGCCAGGUGUGGUGGCUCUAAUGGGCGCAAAAAGAGAGGGAUUGGUGCAUUAUUCCGGGGUAUUGCACGAAUUUUCGGUCGCCGAGGUUUAAGACGUUCACGUAAUGGAUUUAGACGCACAAGCACUGUCAGAAGAAUUAGAUGUUAAUUAAGACGAGAAUGAGAUUUUGAAUCUUGCAACAUUGCCAGAAGCUUAUAUAUCAACAUAUAAAACAACAAUAUUCCAGACUUUACUCUGAUAUACUAAUACUGGAGUACUAUGUCAAACUCUCAAAUGGAUAGACACAUUAUUUUCUUUUCUCAACUAUUUUUCAAUUAUGUAUCUAAACAUUUUUUGUGUAAUUAGCUUCUUCAAAUUUCAUUUAAAAUCAUUUACUCAAUAAAAGUUUGCUAUGAAACAAGUUUCG